ACAGCAACAGAGAAAUAUAAAAGUUAUAAAAUGCAUACAAAUGUUUGUAUAUUUUUAAUAAUUGCAAUUUUGUAACAAAAUAAACUUAUAAAUAAAUUGCACAGUUGAAAAUAUACCUUAAACUUAACAAAGUUCCAUUUCUGACAUUUAAAAAUAAAUUCGAAUACGUCGUUUUGCCGAAAAUGCAAAACAACACUGAUUUGUUUACUCCACUGCCAGUGGAGUUAUCCACACCCAAUGGACUUCUUUAUCAAUUCAACGAGGAGAAGUUCCUUAAAAAUCAUGAUUUCUAUAAUUUUGAAAUGGAUUGUUUUACUGUGCCGGAGAUAAGUGAUAUUUCACCGCCAAUUGUUGGCUUAAGUCCGAUUCCCGAGGAAACAAGUUGCUCAUUGAUGGUUCAACCAUUGGAACCUUUGUUUUCACCUGUCGAACCAACGUCAGCUGGGUCAACUCAAGCACCUCCACGUCCAAAAGGAGUAGUUCCAUUAUCGUCUUUAGAUUCUAAGUUUCUUGCUAGUGAUUCAACUCAGAAAGAGCAAUCACAAGCGACUACAGUGGCAGCGGUUAAACAGCUUUCGUGUGAUCUAUGCGAAGAGACUUUUUUCUCAACUCAAGCUCUUCGUCUUCAUCGACGAGUACAGCACAUCGCAACUAAAGAAUUUCGCUGCAGGAAGUGCCCCUCCUCGUAUAACUUUGAAUCGAAUCUUAUCCUACACUUGGCAUCUCAUGUCCCCACUUGUAGCACGAACAAACAGUGUCCCGAGUGUAAAAUGGUUUUUAAACGUAUAUCAAGUUUCAAAGGUCAUCUUAAGACUCACCAAACUAGCGACAGAUUCAAAUGCAAUCGUUGUGACAAGGAAUUCGAUCUGAAGGGUUACUACGAACAACAUAUGUCCAAAGCCCACAAACCAGGAACCGAUGGAACCAUCGAGCAGAUUCUUCAGAAAGUUGCAAGUAGCAGAAAAUGUCGAAAAGCAUCCAAGCUAGUCAAUGGCAAAUAUCGUUGUCAAUAUUGUGAGAAGAAAUUUACUAAGCCCUGUUUGUUGAAACGCCACGAAGUCUGCCACACUGGAGCAAAGCCAUUUCAGUGUGAGCAGUGCGAUCAGGGAUUUACCCAAAAGAGCUCUCUCGCGAGACAUAUGCUAUUGCAUCAGGGAGUAAGGGAUUUCAAGUGUCCUAUGUGCAGCUAUAGCUUCUCUCAAAAGAGCAACCUGAUUGUCCACAUUCAACGAACUCAUCCAACAAACGCCGACAAUGAGAAUAAGUUUGCCUGCGAAUUUUGUCCUUGUGUGUUUACCAAAUUAAGCAGUGUCAAUCGUCAUCGAGCCAUGAUGCAUUCCGACAAAGAGAACUCAAGUGGGCAGGAUGCAAAUGAUGGGACCGAUGAUGACGAUGAUAAUGUGAAUGUUGCGAAAGUUAUGGAACAAUUGAAAAGUUUCCAAGAAUCAAUGGGAAUUGUGGACAAUAAACCAUCAACAUUGGAACUGUCCUUAAUGAAGCCGCCCUCACCUGGUCCAACAGUAAAUACGGUGACCAUUAUUGAUACAAUAAAUCCAAACAAGGAGAAGACAUUUAGGAGAGUCAAGGAAAUCAUCUACAAGGGAGAACGUACAAUUGCGUGUGUCUAUUGUGAUAAGCCCUUUAAGCGUCAAUACGAUCUAUUAAGACAUCAUCGAACUCAUACCAAAGAAAAACCAUUCCAGUGUAAUGUUUGUGUUAAAAGUUUCUCUACCAAAAGUGGCCUUAAGAUUCAUCUGAACACACAUAUCUCAUCGGAAGCCCAACCGGCAAGAGCCUAUGAAUGUGCUGUGGACGAGUGUCAUAAGCGGUUUGCAUCAUUGCGUGCCUUGGAUAUUCAUACAAAAACCCACACAAAUUCCAUAUCGUAUAUUUGUCCUAUCUGCUCCAAAAUCUUCACAUCCAAAGCAGGAUUCUCCUCCCAUAAGCAUCACACAAAAGAUCAAGAAUUCGAUAGUAUUCGUGAGCUCUUAAAGUCUCCCGUGCAAAUUGAAACGAAUAGCGCCGAGGAAGCUUUCAAAGCCGAGGAGUAUUUGAAGAGGAGCCAUCAAUGUUUUGUGUGUGGCUUGAAAAUGCAGAAAUUAUCUCAUCUUAGGCAACAUGAAGCCACUCAUCGGGGAGAGAAGCAAUAUCAAUGUGAAAUUUGUUUUAGGUCCUAUACAACGCAGAGUUCCCUAAAUCUUCAUUUGAAAAUCCACACAGCUGAGAAAACUCACAAAUGUCAAGUGUGCAAUGCGAAAUUCUUUACACAGUCUUUACUGAUGCGGCACAUGAUUUCGCACAGUGAUCAACGCAACUACGCCUGUCCAUACUGUGAUGAACGGUUCAAAACCAACGACAAUUGCAAGAAUCACAUCCUAACCCAUGCUCGAAGUUUGUUGGCAAGUCCUGACCCUACUCCGCCACCGCCAGAUGAAUAUAUCGUGCUCGAUUCUGAUGAGGACCCACAAGAGCCGGCGGCGGCCCCAGCAAAUACCAUCACACAGAAAUUAAUUGCAGUUGUUGAGAGUCCGCAGAAGAAUCUCUCGCCAAAGUUCCUUCAACUUGAGUUGGUAAAGAAUUGCAAGAACCAUAAACACAAAAACUUAACCAUCGAAACACUGACAACGCCAAAGAAGCAAUCGACAUCCACGUCGUCGAUGGCCAAGAAAUCCCUUACGGGUAUCAAACAAAGUGGUAGACACAAAUGCAGUGAAUGUGGGAAGAUUUUCUUCAAAGCCAGCGAUUUGGAACGUCACCUACGAACCCAUACCAAAGAGAAGCCCUAUCAGUGUAGCGUGUGUUCGAGGCAGUUUGCUCUGAUGUCCACUUUGGUGCAUCAUAUGAAGACACAUGAUUCGGAACGAGAGACUUAUGGUUGUCAGGUGUGUGGCAAGAAGUAUACAUCGCAGAAAGUUUUGAAAGUUCAUUUGCGUAUUCAUACGGGCGAGAGACCGUUUCAGUGUGGUGUUUGCAAGCAGACAUUUCGAACGUCAGGACAUAAGAUUGCGCAUACAAAGGCACAUCAUAAGAAGCGGAAGCAGAAUUAAAAAAUGAG